AUGGCUUCUAGCGAAAGCGCGCACCGUCCGAUACCGACCAUGAAUACUUCGGAUAAUCACACGCGCGUUGACUAUUUAGAGGCACCGAUUUCCCCUGCUAUGCCAUGGAGCUACAUUCCGGACGCAUAUUGCUUCUUUCAGGCGGUCAACGAGGUACGACAAGUCAGCAAGCUUAUCGACCCCAGCAGUGGACUUUCCAGCUUUGUGGAACUCGCUACAAUCAUCGUGUUCCUCGCCCUGGAUGCGCGAAACUCACUCCUCAAGAGCCGCAUUCUGGAGAAUGGUCAAGACGACAGAUACGUGUAUGCCCACCUAAUUCCCGAGAUAAUGAAGAUGCCCGACUACCAGUCAUGGAGCCUCAUCGGCAGUCCUGGGGCUCGGAACUGCCGCGAUCUUGCGUGUGCUGUGAAGACCGCGCAUAGAAUUCUCACCGAUAUAUAUGCCGGCAUUCGCGACUGGUCCAGAUACUUAGGUCAUACUGGUGCUCCCGUCAACGUCGGCGUACCCCAAACCGCCUUCCCUCCGCCCUCGCCGUCCACGGAAGUACGAGAACCCGGUAUAAUCAAUCACCCUCGUGUUCGGAGACCAAAAGGAUUGAAUCGAGCUCCCCCGCUUCUCAAACGCGCGAUCCUGGGAGCAGCCACAAGGCAGAAGCCGCACAAAAUAUCGACUUCUGAGCCAGUGCAAGCCUGGUCAUUCCCACCGCUAGAUACCCCAACGCCUCUGCGAAUCCCUUCAGAACGAAAGGUCGUGUCUGUGGUAUCAACUGUUUCUGACGAACUGCCUCCGGGAGCCUACCUACUUGCUGAAGGGUCGCAACCGCCAUCGUCUAGCCUUGGCCACCCAUCGCUGCGAGGCCUGCUAGUGGAGAACUUGCGCCGAGUGGCUCCCCAAACCAACAGGGAGGAUCUUUUCCCGUCUGCGCACCAGAACUCCGGUGCCUCAACCCGCUCUGACAUGUCCUAG